AUGGGAAACCACACCGGAUAUGAAGACUUCAUCCUGAUAGGUUUUCUGAUGCAACGUGAAGCAGAGAUUCUGUUGGCAACAGUUCUUAUCGCUGUGUACAUCUUGACACUGUUGGGUAACAUGGUCGUUCUGUUCAUUACCUCCACCAACAGCAGCCUCCAUACACCCAUGUACUUCUUCCUUGGCAACCUCUCCAUCCUGGACCUUGCUUUUUCGACUGUGACUGUUCCGAGCUUGCUAAGGGGCCUUCUUUCUGGAGCCAAAACCAUUUCUUUUGCUAGCUGCAUGGCCCAAUCCUACUUCUAUUUCUUUUUGGCCACAGUGGAGUACUUCCUCUUGACGUCCAUGUCCUAUGACCGUUACGUGGCCAUAUGCAAUCCAUUACGUUACCCCAUCAUUAUGAAUGGCCAGGUUUGUGUCCAAUUGGUAUUGGUCUGCUGGCUGGGUGGGUUCAUCUCUGUCCUCUAUCCAACCAUCAUGAUCACCAAGUUCUCCUAUUGCAAGUCCCAUGUCAUUGACCACUUCUUCUGUGACAGUGAGCCCCUGCUGAAACUAUCCUGUACCGAUACAGGCUUGAUACAGAUAAUCACUUUUCUGCUGUCAACAAUGGUCAUCCUCUGCUCCUUGGUUCUAACUCUCAUCUCCUAUGCGUACAUUGUCUCCACCAUUUUGGCCAUACCCACUGACACUGGGAGGAAGAAGGCCUUCAACACAUGCGCCUCUCAUCUCACCUUGUUCCUAAUGGCUGUAAGCAUCUCCAUCUUACUGUAUGUGAUCCCAUCUAAGAAAUCUGCUUUGGGGGCUCGCAAGGUUCCAGCAUUACUGAGUAGCAUAGUCAACCCAUUCCUGAGUCCUUUCGUGUAUACACUGAGAAAUGAUUUGGUCAAGGGCAUCUUGCAAGGGAUUUUUGGUCAGGGCAAAGCUUCGGAGACUCAGAAGCUUCGGAAGUUGCUCAUGAAUCAUGCUUAA